UUUAUCCGUUAUUUAGGUGAGACUGUAAGUUAGUUUUUAUCAGCCCAAGAUGUCUGCCAUCGCAAACCACUUUGGGUCUUGGAUCGUGACGGCUCUGAUUGUUUUCUUCCCUUUGUAUGUAAAAGGCGACAUUGCUCCAGACAUUAUCACAAGCUACCCAGAGGACAAUUUGAUAUAUGACGAUCCUAUGGAAUAUCAACGAGCAAAACGUUCUGAUGUACAGGACGACGACGAUAAAGCGAGUGACGAUGAUGACGAACUUGCAGAUGAGGGAUUCGACGAUGAAGAUGAGGACGAUGAAGAAAACGAUCAGAACUCGAGGACCGGUGUCAGAAGCUCUUACUCUUCGGGUCUUCGUAAGAAAGAUGAGAUUGAUCAGAAGAAUGCGAUGUCAGAAGAGCAGCGGCAACAGCAGCAGCACGAGAGCAUUGAUGAUGACGAUGAUGACGAAAGCGGUUUGGAUGAAGCAGGUUGGUCUUCAGGUUCUUCUGAAGACAGUGAACGCAGUGCUGGCGAAAGUGGAAGUGCUGAGGGCAGAAAUCAAAGUUUUUAUGCAAGCAGAGAACCCGUUUCUGGAGGAGGUGGUGAUGACGACGCUUCAGCAAACAGGGAUGAAAUCGAAGGAAGCAGUGACAUGAACCGAGGACAGACUAAACUCAUCGAAUCAGAAGAGAAAAAACCUGCUGUGAGUGUGCACCGAUCUAAGCCAAGAAACUUGAUCAAAAUGGUGCUAGAAGAAUCCAGACACGCGGAACAACUUGAAAAACUGGAAACAGGGAAUCACGAAGAAACUUCAGCCCAAGACUCGGGCUCAUCGGCUGCCUUAGUUCAGCAAAGUGAUGACCAAAAGGUUUACCAUGAAGAGAAAGGAAAUCAAACAGAACUGCCACAGAAUGGAACGAGUUUACAUAAAAAUAUUCCUAGAAAUUCUUCGAAUGAAACUUCAGUUACGGUAGAAGGCAAAGCUAAAAACAUGGUAAAUGAAAGUGCUUCGAAACUUCUAAGGAAUACAACGUUUCCUAAUGAGAAAGCAAAAGAUGAAGGAAGAUCAAAACCUCUAGCUAAACAAGUAGACCUUGUCCGUAAACAAGAGGGAGUGUGGAAAAAGAGCGUGAAGAAAGCAUCCGUUGGAGUUUCUCAUGUGAAACACUUGGCAAGAAAGAGAGUGCACGGCAAGCAUAUGACAUCCCAUGUCGUGCAUCCACAGGUGGCAAAAAAACUUUCAAAAGUCGUGCACAAAAAGACUGUCAAUAAAGGUUCAUCACAGAUGUGUCAUACAGACAAGAUUUUUUCUGGCCAUUCCUUAAAAGGCAGCACUAGAGCUGGACAUUUUGAUACUCUGGGUGAGACCCCGAGCAUGCACGCUUGCCUUCAGCGGUGUUGCAGUAAGCACACGUGUGACGUUGCGCUUUUGAUUGAUGGGCAUUGUUUUGGUGUGGCCUGUUACAGCAAGGAGCUCUGCGAACCUGUACCAAUCCCUCAUCCACAUUUCGUAUUCUCUCAACUUGGGCUUGUCAGUAAGGGGCAAAAGAGAGGAGAAAUCGAGAAGAACCGAGUGUUCCAUUGUGAAUACGGGAAUCUUACGCUGAAAAACAAUGAACAGUGGAGUGGUGAGCUUUGUGGAGGAGUUGUCACGUGCAAAGAUGGCAUAGCUACUGUGAAAAAAUGUCCGGGAAUUCCACCUAAACCAAAUGAUUGCACCAAGCCUCGACUGGUGGUAAGACACAGAAAAGGAGAAUGCUGUACAAUGAAAUGGAAAUGCAAAGCAAGACACUGUACUUUCAAUAAUCGUGUUAUCAAGCACGGUUACAAGUUGAGUGAUCCAUUAUGUACGGGAGUUUUGAGCUGUUAUAAUGGUCAGUUACACAUGGAAUACUGCCCAAAAAUACCACAAAAACCCAAGGACUGUGCGCGACCCAAGUUGAAGACUAUUAGUGUGCCUGGAAAAUGCUGCAAGAAACUUUGGGUCUGUUCAGAUAAAAGUUGUAAAUAUGAUGGCCUAAAAUUAUCGCACGGAGAGAAACUCACUGAUGCGUCAUGUGCAGUGGUCAUGGAAUGUAGAAAUGGCUUCCUUCACGAUAAACAGUGCCCAGGCCCUCCUCCGGUGCCGCGUGGGUGCAUCAAUCCCUCACUGAAGGUUAAGCGUAUUCCAGGUGAAUGCUGUGAGAUGAACUGGACAUGUGAUAUUAGAUAAAGCGACCAUCGAUUUCGCGGCUUAAAAAGGUGUGAAAUAAAACUUAAGUUUCGUGUAAGUGGGAUAUUUACCUUGGGCAUAGCCAUGGAAAAACCGUAGUGAAAUACUCUGCUGUGAAAAAUUGCACAAAAAUCAAAUGCUGUAAACUGGGUCAUUUAAUUUCUAUUAAAACCAAAAUUUCUACCAAAAGAAAGAAAACUUUCCAGGGCCAAUAUAGCUAUGUUGAAGAACUAUAGUGGCUCUAUGAAAUUAACAUUGAAAACAAAUGAGUCAUUAAAGAUAUAACUGGUACUCUCUCCUUUAAUGUUAAAUGUCUUGAUGUUGAAGCUAAAGUAGGAUUUAAAAUAAACUAUUUUUUGACAGAAUAUUACUUUUUAAGAAAGAAAAUCUCUCACUUAAGAGCACGAGAAUCUUGAAUAUUAAAUAUUAAUGAAUAUAAAUAUAGUUUUUAAAAGAAUUAAAUCAAUAUUUUAAGAAGGAUUUUUGUCGUAAGCCGACUGGUAAUCAUAUGUCCUUUUUUAGCUCAACUAUUCUGAAAUAUAGACCUGUCUAACUUAGAGAAAAUAACCCUUCCUAGCUGUCCGGUCGAUCCUGAUAUACGCCAAGUUUUAGCUUUACUUUAUCGUUUUUUCAUAAGUUCAAUUGUCGUUGUGUUUGAGGUAGAAAUUCGUUUUAUAAAUCUCUGUUGAAGUUAAAAUCACCUCCUAUUUCCCCACCACCAGGUUUUGUUCUGGUUUAAUGACUUGGUGUUCUCUUAUUCAAAAACACGUCCACUUUACUAUUGCUUAUGUGGACUAAUCCGAGUAAACAGCAUUAAAUCACGAAUAACACCGUGAGAACUUGGCUGCAAACUUACUAAAGAACUUGCAAUACAGGAAGAUACUUUCGUUUAAGUUAGCUUUAAUAAUAUAUUAAGUAAAAAAAAAAGGGCAUGCAGAUUAAUGUUGCGUAAAUCGCGUGUGUAGCCUUAAUCGCGUGCUGAGCUUUUAAUUAUGUAGUUUGUUCGUGCACUUUUGAAUUACGUAGUUCACAUGCAAAGCUUUAUGUUGCGUAGUUCGCGCGUGCAGUUUAGAUUGUGUAGUUCACGCGCAAAGUUUUAUGUUGCGUAGUUUACGCGUGCAAUAUUAAAUUGCAUAGCUCACGUGCGCAGCGAUUGUUGCGUGGUUUGUGCGUGCAGCGUUAAUUGCGCGCGUAGAUUUCAUUACGUAGUUCCUGCCACAGUUUUGAAUUGCAUAAUUUACGCAUGCAGUCCUUAAUUGGAUAUAUCGCGCAUGCAGCUUUAUGUUGCGUGGUUAGUGCGGUUUGCGUUUGCUUUUACGUCUUACUUGUUAACCAGGCUUUAAAUGGUAAAACCCGCGCGCGCAGCUUUCCAUCGCGUAGCUCGUGUGCGCAGCUUUAAAUUGCGCAGUCCGCGUGCACAGCUUUUUAUUGCGUCUGAUUGCGUAGUUCACACGCAAUUUUAAAUUGUUGCGGUUGCAGAUUACGGUCACAACUAGAGUUGCGAUUAUAUUCGGAGCGCGAGCAAUUUUUGCGCCAACAGAUACAUAGGUUCUGUUCUCUUAGUGCAGUUGCUUUUAGGAGUUGCCUCUGAGUACACGUAUUAUAAUUUAAUACAUACUGCGAACUACACUGUGAAGUAUUGUUGUUCGUGUCUUCGAUUAGGUGAACGAUGUAUUUUCACAGUCGGUGGCUUCAAAUCUUUCAAUUGAAAUGUGCAGAAUCUCAGCAUGUAUGAAAUAAAAACAUCUUACCUUGGAAA